CAGCCCACGAAUCGGUCGCUUUGGAUCUGUGAGUCUUUCGACGUUCGUUUCUCGAAAAUUAUUACGGAGCCCGGCUCGUUUUUAUGUGCUGAAGAGUAACUCCUUUUUUAACGGAAUUGUUCUCACAAAGUUGGUUUUGUGGUUCCUGGCUGUGAUUUUUAGUCAUUUAUUUGCCGUGGAUCGUUGUGUGAUCGUAAGAAUUUUUUAAAAGUUUUUCUGAAGUUAAGUUCCUCGUCGCUUGUGCAGUGGGUUUUGGAAAAAAUACUCUCCGAUUUGUGGCGUGAACGAUGACCCUUUCAAUAUGACUUCGAUAUUAAAUUUUUAAAGUUUAAAGCGUUAUGCCGCGAUCAUUUCUCAUCAAAGCUCUGCACACAGAUUCGCCCCCUCUGUCUCCGUCUACCUCACCUACGAUGACCGUCACCCCCUCCCCACCACCGCCGGCCCCUGCAUGGUCCAAUUGGGUCUGCAGGCAGAGCGCCUUCUCAUUAGUCAAUCUAGGUGCCAUGGAAAACAGGCCUUCACCUCAAGAGAUGACCCAACUAAUGUAUGGAUCACCAGCAUUUCCACUUCCGUACGUUUGGCCACCAACAGCGUUAUUUUUACCUUACUCUCCUUUGCUUAGAAGUUCCUCUGAAGAUUUAUCUCCCGAUAGAGCAAGCUCAAAUGCGAGAGAUACCCCGGAAAAAGCUAGAAUAAACUCAAUGGAAGAAGCGCCUUUAAACUUAUGUACAAAACCUAGGAAAUCUUUAGAAAUUUGGUCACCCGGUAGUUUAUGUGAAAAAGAAGAAGUCCCGCCUCCUAAUUCUACGUCCUCAUCACAGUCAAAUGAAAGAACUUUUCAGUGCAAGCAAUGUGGAAAGACAUUUAAACGUUCCUCAACUUUAUCUACGCAUCUUUUAAUACACUCGGACACCAGGCCUUACCCGUGUGCAUACUGUGGCAAGCGAUUUCAUCAAAAGUCUGACAUGAAGAAACACACGUAUAUUCAUACAGGAGAAAAACCGCACAAAUGCGUCGUUUGCGGGAAAGCUUUCAGUCAAUCCUCGAACCUCAUCACUCAUCUCCGGAAACACACCGGCUACAAACCGUUCAGUUGCGGACUUUGCGACAAGGCCUUCCAGCGGAAGGUUGACCUCCGGAGGCACCGGGAAAGUCAGCACCCGGGGUCGCCGGCCCAACAGUGCCUCAUCACCAGCACCACGACGGCGGGUGCCGAACGGGCCCUCAUGGAAACCACCCGACUGCCUACUCAAAUCAAGCUGGAGCUGGAUUCCAAACAAAUUAAACCCUUAAAAACUGAAUUCCCCCAGGGAAUCUCCAGCUGAAUCGCUACCUGUUCAUAAUUUCCUGCGGGAAAAGGGUAAACCCAAGUAGCAUUUUUUUUAAUGGAAAAACAGCGCGUUAUUUACCAACCGCUGGUUGUGGUCACAUCUUUUUUCCGUGGAUGCUUCCUAUUUUUUGAAAUUUUCUUCGAUUUUCCUGUACUGUUUCACGACUGUUAAAAAUUCGAAGCCGUGAAAUUUCAUAAAUUAUUUUUCAAAAUGUGGGCAAUGAACGGAGAUUUUUGAAACGCUUAAAUUGAGUUACACGUUUCCGGAGUAUAGCCAUCGCUGUUUCUUCCGAUGUAACUAUGGUAGCGUGCCUUCUUCACCCUCACGAAAAAAGAGCGAAAAGGAGGAGAGACAAAGGAACAUUAGAAGAGGGAAAGUUAGCCUCUUUAAAAAAAAAGUAGAGCAAGACUACGAAAGUUAUGAAAAUAGAUCACGAAAAUGAAAAUAUUCAGAUUGUUUUGUAAAUAAUAUUGUUCAUUUUAUUUCACUUGUUUUGAUAAUAUUUUCUUACUCUCACUUUCCGAAGCAAAUGGUCUCGAAAAAACAUUCCAUGAAAGCGGUAGAUAUCAGCCGUGAAAUUUCACCACCCAACAAGUUUACAAAAUGAGCUGAAUCUACUUAAAUUAUUACCUUAGGAGAUUUCUCUAUCGGUUAAGUCCCUUAGGCCCUUGGACUCAGGAUGAAUGAUGAUCAACUUGGUUUGACUCAAGCUCGCCGAGGUUUUUAGCUACUCUUUGGACCCGCUGAUGGACUAUGGGCCAUAAUUUCCGUGCUUUUUUCUGGUAGAUUGUGUCCCUUAUAUGACUCUAUCAGGACUCCCUCUUUUUUGGUCAAUUUGUAUGUGAAUUACUCGUUUAACUUGUUAGAUUUUUUUUAAAAAAUUGUCUUUACCGCCUUGUAUUAGUGACGACUGACAUGUCGUUAUCAGCCCUAGUUAAAGAGCUUGACAAUUACACAGCCCUUUACUGUGCAUAAGACUUUUCGAAAAUUACUCGUUAAGCAAAGAGCUAAGUCAAACAUGUACCAAUCAGAAAAACUACGAUCACGAAGGAUUUUUUUAUGAUACGUUUUGAAUAUCCUAGUCAUUAAUAUCUAGAUUGUUUUCCUAUUAUUUUGAAUAGUUCUAGUUCAUAGUUUUACAUUAAACUUAAAAAAAAGUGGCGCACUUUACUGAAUUACUGUAUAUUCAAUAUUUAUUUUUUGAGGACGUUAAGAAAGGACUGUGUCCUAUUUCACGUUUUUUACUUUGUAAAUAAACUUAAAGCAAGUGGAAAUGACGUAUAGAUGCCUUGUUGAGAUCCUAAUUCUUGUACUUGUGAGUUUCUCAGGACAGAAAAUAAAAAUUUGAGUGAAAAACGGGGGAUUAUUUGAGGAGAAAGGUUGAGGUGCCGCUCAGACUAAGAGGCAUUUUUUUGUAUUUUUUUAUUUUUAUGUUUUUUUGCUUCAAACAUUUUUGAGGCAAAAAACGUCGAGGGAAGAAAUAUCACGCG